UUUUGGAUGUUUACAAACUGCAAUAUUGUGGACGCUUUGAAUACGUCCGAUUUCAAUCAUGGAAAAUUCUGAUUCAGAGUAUGAAACUGAAGAAACUGUGGUCCUAGUAGAACUGAAUGGAAUCAUAGAUACAGAUCUACUACUUCAACCACAACCUUUAACCAAAAUUUUGGGUAUUGAUACUGAUGAACCCCUUCUUCAGAUUGGUAAUUGUUUGUUUAAAGGAGAAUAUGAAGAUACAUUGGGAACAGUUGUUGUGUAUGAGCCAGUAGAUGGUUCUAACAAAGAUGGGCCGGAAAGUGUCGAAAGUGACUUCAAGUUUUUAUGUAAAACUGAUACAAAAUUGACUAUGAAAAGAUGUUUUCCUCAAGAAAAAUCUAUGGAUAAUUUGAAAUCAGCUGAAGUUGCUUCUCCUGUCGCCAUUCAAAAUGAUAAACCAAAAAAGUCCGUUACUGCUUCUAAAAUGAAAAAUGGUAGUAAAAAGAACAUUAUUUCUAAGAAAAAGAAGCUUACCAAACCAAUGCCAAAAAAAUUUGUGAGGUCAAAGAAAAAUAAAAAGAAUAAUAAGAUAAAUUCUGUUCAAAAUUCAGAGAAAUCUGAAAUACCUGAGCAAAUUAUUGAAAAUAUGACAGAAUCAAUAGUAAAUUCAAAGAAUGAUGAGAUGAAUCUUUUUGAAAACCAAAAUACUGAGAAAUCUGAGCAAUUUAUUGAAAAUAUGACUGAAUUAACGGCAGAUAAAUCACCUGGUAAAAUAGAUGCGAUUCCUUUGGAAGCUUUGAAUCUGAAGAAUUUAGAAGAAAAAGUUGAUCAAAGUAAAUUUGUUCCAUUUGGAAAUAUAGAAUUACAAACUAGAAAUAAACAAACAGAAGACCCUAAGAGAAGAAGGAAGCGUUAUUGUGAUGAAAUGAAUGAUAUUACCAAAAGUUCUGGUCAAAAUAUCGAAGCUUCUGCCACUGGAAGGAAAUUAAUGAAAAUAGAGAAUAAUGAGGUUCAGGCAGUAGACAAAGAAAUAGUAACUUUUGAUAAAGAUAAUGCAGAAUCUAAUAAUGCAAGCAGUAUAAGAAAUAAUGCAAUUUUGAGUGGAACUAAAGAUUUUGAAUCUGAAGCAGAUAGAGGAGAUGAGCAAAUGUUUGAAGAGGAAAGUGUUAUUGAAGCAUUGGUUAGUACUGUAAUUAAUAAUGAAUGCAAAAUGCAAGAAAAAAGCACAACUGCAUGUGCAUCAGAAAUGGAUGAAGAAGAAAUGACAGAAAAAAGUAUUUCAAAAACAUUAGAAAGCACAAUGGCAAAUGAUGCAAGAAAAACUGCUUCUGUUUCAUAUAUGGAUGGAGAAAAAAGGUCUCUGAUUAAGGAAGAGGCAUUCUUUGUUCCAGCAAAAUUGGGUGAUACAAUAAUAAAUAAUGAAAAUGAAAUUCAAGAUAAAAGCACCUUUGCCAAUUUAUCAGAAGUGCAUAAAGAGCCAGUGAUGGAAGAAGAAGAAAUUAUAGAGACAGUGGGCAACAUAGUGGAGGCAAAUGAAAAAGAAAUCCACAAGAAAAGUAUAUUUGCUAGUGCAUCAGAAAUGGAUAAAGUAGAACCAGUCAUAGACGAAAGCAUUACAAAGGUAAUGGAAACUAUAGUAGUUAAUAUUGAAAAUGAAAACCAACAAAAACAUGUAUCUAUAUUGGAAGUGCAUGAUGAUAAAAAAUUUAUAGUAGGAGAAGAAAAUACAAAAGUGCUAAAUAGCACAAUAAACAACCAUGUAAAUGUAACCCAUGGAGAAAGCUCACAUUUAAAUAUUCUUGAUGAUGGUAUGAGUGACUCAUUAGCUGAGGAAAUUGAAGAAGCUAGUUUGGUACUUAAACAUGGUGAUGUAAAGGAUAAUACUAAUUGCUCUUCAUCCAGUGAUAUGGAACAUACCAAAAAUGAAAAUAUUUCUGAACCAGCUAGUAUUUGUGCAUUAUCUGAUGAUGAAGUUUUACAUUCAGUAACAGAAAUUUUAGAAAAAAUUGAUGAUAACAAUGCUUCUUCAUCUUGCCAGGAAAAUAGUGAAAACAUACUGUUAGAAAAAAUUGUAGUAGUGGAAGGCAAUGUGGAUGACGCAGAAUUAAUUACUGCAUCUGAUAAUUUGGUUGGAUUAAAUUCAAUAGAAAAAGAUGAUAUUUGUGUUGUCAGUCAGUCUGUAAAUAAUGAAGGUGAUACAAUAAGAAAAUUAGACGAAUUUGAAGGUCGCUAUAAACCUGUCAAUUCUGCAGGUGAAUUAACCAUAGAUACUGUAGAUAAUUUGAAUCCAGUGAGUGCAUCUGAUAUGAUCGCUGUUUCAAUUACUGGACAAACUUCAGCUUUAAGUUCAAGGAAGCAUUCAUCAUGUGAAGUUACACAGUCUACAAAUUCUGAAGGAGAAUACUUAGAAAAUAAAGACUUGGUGAGUGAUUAUGAAGUAUUUUCUGAAUCUCUACAAGAUGAUAAUUUAGAAAAGAAUGUCAGUAUUGAAGUGGAUAAUGAAUUUCAAACUGCUGAUAUUAAGUAUUCAGAAGCGCUUUUUAAAUCUGAUAGUAUUGCAUCGGAAAUCAGCCAAUCUUGCCAGGAAUCCAAGUUUCCAAAAGAAAGAUCUGAAGUAGAAUUUGAAAUAGAUGGCACAAUUUGCAGUCAAUCAACUGAUCAGUCAAUAGUACUACCAGAAGCUCAAACUGAAGGAUAUUUAUGUGUAUCAUCUUGUGAUACUGAUGAUAAAACUGAAUUCAAAGAAAAUAUUGAGGAAGAUAUUCAUUAUAAUUCAGGGGAAGAUGCUGAACCUUCCAAUUGUGAAGAAAGUGAAACUAAUGUGAUUUGUGAAGUUAGCCAAUCUGAUGAAUCUGAAAAUAAUAUUUCUGUUCUUGCAGAAUCAUCUGAAAGUGAAGCUAAAAUAUUAUCUAAUGAAUGUGAAGGCUCAUUUUCAAAUACAAGGGAAAAUCUGAAUAAUACCAUGAUAAACCAAUAUACCUCUGAAAUAACGGGUAGUUUUCAAAAAGCUUUCAAUGUUCCAUCAACCAGUAGCAUCCAUGAAGUAACACAAUUUUCUAACAUAAAAAAUGUAAAACAUUCUGACAUGACUACCGAGGAAAACAUUUUGGAGGAAUGUGAUAAAAAUGAAAUAACUCAUGCUCCUGUUGAAUUAUCUGAUGAUAAACUGAAAUAUGAAUGUGUUUCAUCAGUUGAUGGACCUACAGUUUCUGAAACGUUGUUAGAAAUAGAGAUAAAUAGUGAUGAAAAAGAUAAAAAUUCUGAAGUUAGCCAAUCUUUUAGGCUUGUAGAAAAUCAGCAGUUUAAUGAAACCUGCAAUACUUCUCAUUCCAAAAAUGUAAGAAAAUUAGGAAUUGAAGAUAUAGAUGUAGAAUUUAAAUAUCCUAGUGAAGUUAGCCAGUCUGUUGAAUUUGAAAGUUCAUCUCUGUAUAAUCAGCAGUCAGAUAUCAAUGAGUAUGAUCGGACUAAAUCGAGUUCCAAUAAUUCUGUUGAAUAUCAAUCUGAAAUUUGUGAAUCAUCUGAUGAUGCAUCUAAUAUUGAAUCAAAUUCUCAUGUUGAAGAUGAUCAGCCUGUUAAAAAUUCUAUGUGUGAAGUUUCACAGUCUUUCAGAUCUGAAGAAGUUGUUUUAACAACAAGACAUAUAACUGAUUCAGAGAUGGAAAGUUCAAAUGAAUGUGAGGUAUAUGCUUCUUAUGUGGAACCUGAAGCAGAAACUAAUAAAUUAAAUACAAAUGAAAAAAAUAUUUGUGAAUCAUCUGAUGAUGUCAAUAAAUUUGAAUCUGAAAUAGUUAUUGACGAAUUCAAUGAAAGAGAGAAGAACAUUUGUGAAUCUUCUGAUGACAUUAAUGAAACAGAAUCUGAAAUAAUAAUUGAUCAGAUCAGUAAUAGAGAGAAAAAUAUUUGUGAAUCUUCUGAUGAUAUCAAUGAAACAGAAUCUGAAAUAAUUAUUGAUCAAAACAGUAAUGGAGAGAGAAAUAUGUGUGAAUCAUCUGAUGAUAUCAAUGAAAUAGAAUCUGAAAUAAUAAUUGAUACAAUCAGUGACAGAGGAAAAAAUAUAUGUGAAUCUUCUGAUGAUGUGAAUGAAACAGAAUCUGAAAUAAUCGUUGAUCAGUUAAGCGAAAAAGAAAAAAAUAUUUGUGAAUCUUCUGAUGAUAUAAGUAAAAAGUUUGGAAGUGUUCAGCAACAUACUUCUAUCCAUCUUGAAGAGGAUAUUUCUGAUGAAGCUUGCCAUUCAUCAAAAUUUGAUGAAAAUGUCUUGUCAGCUAAUGAAACCAAAUCUUUCACAUCAGAAGAAAAUUUUACCAAUUGUGAGACUUCAGUUGGAAGAAGUAAUAUUAAAAAUUCAACCAUUUGUGAAUCAUCUGAAGAUACUACAAGCAAGGAACUUAACAAUAAAGAAUUGGACAUUAAUGCUUGUACAUCAUCAGAUAAAUCAGAGAUGGACUCAUCAGAUGCAGUAGGUAAUUUACACGAUAGUAAGUCUUUUGAUUCUGUUGUAACUGUUGGUGAAAUGGAAAAUAAUCAAAUUUCUCAGUCAAGCAAUGUAGCUUGUGAUUUUAUGGAUACAUCAGUGAAUGGAGCAGAAAAUAGUAUGAUUUCUCAAUCAGGGAACUCUGUAAAUAUUUCCAUUUACAAAACAUUGAAUGAGUCAGAAAACUGCCAAAUAUCUCAAUCAGGGGGUUAUUUAGAAAGUGUAUCAGUAACUGAAACAGACAAUGAAAUUUCACAAUCAGAAGGUGUUACUGAUUGUUCAAAUGUUGUAACAUUAAAUGAAACAGAAAAUAAUCAAAUCUCACAAUCAGGGUGUAUCAUAAAUUCUCUAAACAAUGUUAUUGUGGAAGAAAUUGAAAAUGAUCAGAUUUCUCAGUCUGAAAAUACUAUUGGUCAUUUGAGUGAUAUGUUUGUGAUAGAAGUAGGAAAUAAUCAGAUUUCACAGUCUAGCAAUAAUGAAAAUGCAUCAAGUGAAAUAAUAUUGAAUGAAGUAGAAAAUAGUCAGAUUUCUCAGUCUGGUACUGUUGCAAGUUGUUCAGCUGAUAUAUCAAUAACAGAAACAGAGAAUAGUUUGAUUUCUCAAUCGGGCAAUGUACCAAUAUAUUCAAGUGAUGUUUCCAGAAAUGAAAAUGAGAAUAGCCAAAUUUCACAGUCUGGUAAUGCUAAGGAAUUUUUGUAUGAUAUAUCUAUAAAUGAAUCAGAUAAUAACCAGAUUUCACAAUCAAGCAGUUCUUCAAAUUUAUCAAGCAAUAUGAUAUCCAGAGAAAUGGGAAAUAAUCAAAUUUCACAAUCUGGUAAUUUGACAGAUAAUGUAAGUGAAACAGAAAAUAAUCAGAUAUCUCAAAUUUCUCAAUCAAGCAAUAGCAGUGGUUCUCAAAAUAUGUUAUCAUCUAAUGAAAAUGAGAACAACCAAAUUUCCCAGUCUGAAUGUAAUGAUAAUAUUUAUCAAAUGAACCAAACAUUACCCUUUGAUUCCUCAUUUCAGGCUGAGGUUGUGAGUAUAUCUUCUUCUAGUGACAUUGUUAGUUCUAAUUACAUAGAUGUUACUAAUUCUUCAUUUCAUGUGUCAAACUCAACAAUAUCUUCAAAUUCAGAAGUUAGCCCUUCAUUAACAAAUGUACGCCCUCAUAUCUGGGACAGAAAUUCUUUGAUUACUAGUGUUACAACAUCUGAAAUGAGAACUUCUGUGCUGUCAUCAGAACAGGCAAAUGAAAUGGAAUGCCAGGUUGCUCAGACUUCAGCUCAUUUAGCAGUCAGUAGUUGUUCAAUUGUAAGCGAAGAAAACAGGGAAAAUGUGACAUCUCUUGAUCAAGAAAUGUCUUCUAGUAAUAAUAUCAACGAAAUAGUUGAAUCAUCUUUAUCAUUAAUUCAUGAAGAAGAAGAAAUCAUUAAAGUUAUCCCAAAAGAUGAUUCACCCAUGAGUGUAAGUGAAAGUGUUGUAGAAGAAAUGCCAAGUACUUCUCAAAACUUAGUUAGAACUGAUGAAGAUAGAAUACAAAAGAGAGAAACAAAUCCCAAGAAUACCAAUUUAAGGAGAGAAGAUUUUCAGGCAAGUGUUUCAGGCAAUUCACAUCUACAAAAGCAAUACAAAUUUGAUAAUAAUUUGUUACAGACUUCAUUCCUCCCCUGUGUUUCUUCCCAGUCUGAUAUUGGAAGUAAUUCUUCCAGUGCAAGACCCUCAUUUUUAGAAGUCAUGGCUUCAUCUGCAAGUGAUUUUAGAAAUUCAUUGCUGAGUGACAACAGUUUUGGUAAAGAUAAAAGUCAUAAUUCAUCAGUCCCUGAAUCUUCUGGGAGCAACAUAGGUUCCUGUGGUGAAUUUUCUGAAUCAUUUAUUAGAGAAGCUGAUGGAUUGGUUAGGAAUAGAAGCAAUGAUGAUGUAUCUCAUGCUCCAGAAAAUUUGUCUGUUUUAGCUGAUAAUUCAGACCCUGCUUAUUCAGAAGUGUCCAGAUCCUCUGGUGUGAAAAGAAAAUACAGUGACUCUGGGGAAUUUGGUUAUAGUCAUUAUCAAGUUAGUCAAUCUUCAGAUGUUGUCAACUCUCUUUCAUCUACUAGCAGAACUCAUGCUCUGAUUCCUGAUAAUAGUCAUUCUUCUCAACAAGAUUUUGUACAAUCCUCCAGCAAUAUAUUAAGAACAUCUGUUUUGGUAUCAAAUGAUUCUAUGUCUGUAAUUGACCAAGUUAGUUCUGCUGAUGAAAAUACCUCUUUUAUUAGCAGAAAUUCAGAGAAUGCUGAUAUCUUGGAAUCAUCCAUUGGUGUAGAUGCAGCUGUACCUUCUUGUAGUCAAAACACAUUUUCUUUGGCUAACUCUAAUCAGUUAAUUGAGUCUUCUAGUGAUCAGCCUACAUUUAUAGAAGAUACGUCUGAUUUUAAAUCAGAAAAUACUGAAAGUGAAGUGUCAUCAACACCAUCUGAAACACAAUAUACAGGUUUUAAAAUAUUAACAGAUGGAAAACGGCAGCUCUCAGUUAUCCAAGGAAAUAUCAUAAUUUUACCUGGAACGAGCCAUGUUAUUGAUGAAUCAGAUGUUGAUAUUUCAACUGUAGAAGUUACUUGUCCUGACAGUGACUAUAUUCCUGUUAGAUCAGAUCUUAAUUCUGAAACUGUAUUAAUUUUAGAUAGUUCUAAUGAAGCAGAAAUACUAAAUCACAGCUCAGUGGCCUCACCACUGACAGUACAAUUAACAUCAUUUGAUCAAACAGCUCUUUCAAUUGAUGCAUCACAGGCAAGGAUUGCAUCUGGCACAUCUGGUUCUCCUAUAAGUGUAGUUGAGGUUGUCAACUAUGAAGAAAAUAGUGAAGUUUCAGAAUCUCUGAUGGCAAACCAAAAUGAUAUUUCUCAGUCUUCAUUAUGUGAUAACAAUGUCUCUUGUUCUGUGAGUGAGUUCCCUACCAGCCACAGUGUCAUAAACACUAAUUAUUCUUUUCCAGAUAUUUCACAAGAAGCUGAGUCUAAAUCAUCUGAUGAAUGCAUUUCAUCUUAUCAUGGUACAUGUGAUAACAUAUUACCAGUUCCAAAUUUGCAGUCAUCUGCAGAUAGAGAAUUUUACUCUCAUGUGGGUGAAUUUGAUGACUCAGUUCAGUCUUCACUUGAUGAGACUCAUAUGGCUAUAAAUGAGCAAAUAAAAGCCAUUUCAUCACCACCAAAUUCAUCUGAUAGUGCAAGUUGUGAAGAACAAAGAUCAUUAAGUAUCAAUCCUUUUGUUACAUUUUCUUCGCAGUCUCAUGUUUUUUCAACUAAUUAUGGUGCAACAUGUAGUAAAAUCACAUUAGGUUCAAAUAAUUCACAUGAAAUUGCAUUGGAAAGAGAUAAUUUGACUGAAUCACAUCAAGUGAUAACUACUACUUCCAAUAGUGACAUAAUCAUAUCUUCAUUUGAUCCUGAACUUUCAAAUAUGCCUCAGUCUCCUCAAAUUUCAGGAAACAUAUGCUCACCAGACCAAUACAUUGAACUGUCUGAACAAAUAGUGCCUGCAGUGCAAAUUGCUGGUGCUGAUUUUGUAGAAUCUUCCAAUGAUCAGCUUGAUGACAGUCAGUCUUUAGAAGACAGUACUUCACAAGAUGAUAUACUGAAUACUGAUUCUGAAUCAUAGUUGCAUAGUUAAAUAUUUAUCAUAUCAUCUUAGAAAACAUUGGAAGUUAUCUUUUGUAAAUAUACUUUUUUGUACAUAUGUUGUUAUAUUUAAAUCGGGAUAAUAUAUUAUUGUUAAAAUCCAUACAAAUGUAUCAAAAUUUUCAAUAAUUCUUCCAUAGAUAAUGAAUAAAUUUUCAUUUCUUUUUAGAAUCCA